AUGGAUCAUUUUUAUUCGAUUUUUAUACUUGUAUUACUUUUCAAUCUAUAUUGUUGUUCAUUCACUCUUCCAUGUAUUGAUCAAAGCAAAAAGGACAUAUUACCAUUAAGUGACUCGAACUCACAAGAUGUUGUCAAAACAUUGGUAAACGAGAAGAAUGACCAAGAUUCGUAUGUUAACAUAUUAUGUAUACGUUAUGGUACAUGUCUGAAUAAAGAUCAACAAAAUGUUCUCAAUGGCGGACUGAAACCUAAACGUCUUAUGUCGAGUCUAUUUCAUGGCAUUCCAAAAUUUGGCAAACGUGAAUUCAGAUCAGUAUUUGCUGGUGUUCCAAAAUUUGCUUAA